UGUUGUGUCGACAUCAUGCAAUCGCUGUUCAGUGAAAAUAAAAGGGAAACGCCAGAGGCAAUCAAAGCAGAAAUUCAAGGUGAAAUUCCAACAUGGCUGCAAGGGAUACUCAUUCGAAAUGGACCAGGCAUGCAUAAAAUUGGAGACACUGUCUACAACCAUUGGUUUGAUGGGUUAUCAUUGUUACAUAGUUUCACCUUUGAAAAUGGUGAUGUGUUCUACAGAAGCAAAUAUCUCAGAAGUGAUACUUACAAGCAUAAUAUCGAAGCCAAUAGGAUUGUCGUGUCGGAGUUCGGCACAAUGGCUUAUCCAGACCCAUGCAAGAAUAUUUUCUCUAAGGCAUUUUCCUAUCUUGCGCAUGCUAUUCCUGAUUUCACUGAUAAUUGUUUGAUUAACAUAAUCAAAUAUGGCGAGAAUUUCUAUGCUUCAUCAGAAGUCAGCUACAUCAGAAGAAUAGACCCAAGGUCACUUGACACAUUGGAAAAGGUUGACUUUGCAAAUUAUGUCCCUCUGAACCUGGCAACAUCUCAUCCACAUUAUGAUGGAAAUGGAAACACCUACAACAUUGGCACGUCCAUAGCAGAGAAAGGCAAAACAAAAUACCUGAUUGUGAAAGUACCAACUAUAAAGCCAGAUGACAAGAAUGCAUGCUUUAAAAACUGUGAAAUAUUCUGUUCCAUUCCUUGUCACUCACUUCUCAGCCCCAGUUACUACCACAGCUUUGGUAUUUCUGAAAACUACAUAAUCUUCUUAGAACAGCCAUUUAAACUGGAUAUACUCAAAAUGGCUACAGCCUACUUCAAAGGAGUGAACUGGGCCAGCUGCCUGGGUUGGCACCCAAAGGAGAAGACCUAUAUUCAUAUCAUAGACAGAAAAACACAGAAGGUUCUGCCCACGAAGUUCUGCACUGAUGCGUUGGUGGUCUAUCAUCAUGUCAAUGCGUAUGAAGAGAACAGCCAUUUGGUUUUUGACAUUAUUGCAUAUGAAGACAACAGUUUGUAUGAAAUGUUCUACUUAACAAACAUGAAGUUGGCUGAUAAUGAAUUUAAGAAAGGCAAAAAGUUCACUUUUCCACAGUGCAGAAGAUUUGUAAUUCCCUUGGACAUUGACAAGAACACUGAGAUCAGCACAAACAUUGUCAGAAUUGAUGGCACGAGAGCACGGGCAGUGAAGGAGCAAGAUGGAUAUGUGUACUGCACACCUGAAGUGUUAUUUGAAGGAAUAGAGCUUCCUCGAAUAAAUUACGAUUACAAUGGCAAGAAGUACAGGUACAUUUAUGCAUCCAAAGUUCAGUGGCAGCCAAUUCCAACAAAGAUAAUUAAAUGUGACAUCCAGAACAGAAGUCUCCUGGAGUGGGAGGAAGAACUUUGCUGGCCUGCAGAGCCAGUGUUUGUCAAAGCUCCAGAUGCCAAAGAGGAAGACGAUGGUGUCCUAUUAUCUUCUGUUGUGACCUCUGAUGCCAAGAAAUCUUCAUUUUUACUUGUGCUUGAUGCAAAAACUUUCAAAGAACUGGGCCGUGCUUCAGUUAGCGCUGAUCUACAUCUGGAUCUUCAUGGCAUGUUUAUUCCUGAAAAGGAGCUAAGUACAAAAAUUUAAAGACAUUGUUUGUGAAGGAGAACAGCAGAUGCCUGCUACAUUGAACUAUAUAUUGAACUCUCACUGCCUUUUGACUAAAACAUCAGCAGUUGGACAGGAAAUAAAGCACAGAAAGCUCUCGCAUCUUGCUUUGGCUAAUGUCCUGUGAAUAAAUAGAAAUGAAUUGAAACUCAGAUUCAAUCCUAUGCAGUGAAGCAGUCAUGAGAAAUGUUUUAGUUAAUCCAUCCUCAAUCAAGUCAUUUUGUGGCCAAAAUACAAUGAAUGCGCAACUAGGUAGGAGACCAAAAUCAACAUUAAGCAUGAACACACAGAAUAGAUUCACAGUUGACUGGAAGUGAAAUACUAUAUUUAAAAUUCAUUGAUGCUUGCUAAGAAUGACAAUUAAAGGUUACAGAUGUCAAAGUGACGCACUAUUUUGCAGGUGGAAUUUAUUGCUAGAAGAUAUAGUAUAGAAGUCUAUUAUAAAAUAAUUUAGUUAAGACUUGUGUGAUUUUGUUGGACUAAAUGGACUGACCAGUGACAUCUUCAACUCUUAGCAACAGAAAAAUGUCAUUUUUUGAAAUUAUAUUCUUCUGUGAAUAUAAUCAAUGCUUUCAAAAUCAUUGGAAUUUUACAUGACUGUAAAAUUCCAAUUACUUAAACAACCUGUGCAAGUUUAAACUGGAAGGGGAGGCUGCAACAGUUUGGGGAUUAUAAUCAUUUAAAGGAAGAUAAAAGGUACAAAAAAAUAGUAUCACAGGAUAACAUACAGAAAUAAAAAAGAUUUAAGUCAUGAAAUAACAUGGAAACGAACAGAUGGAAUGCCAAGUAGACAAGCAAAGAAAGUAGGGGAAUGAGAUAUUAAUUAGUGUAAUUCAGUUGCCAAAUGAGGUUCAUCAUGAUUUAUAACAGAGCUGCUCAAUGCAUUCAUUUCUGUUUUUACAGAAGAUUGUAGAGAACCUCAGCAAGGGUGGGUCUUGAGAAACAAAUAUGGUUCAAAGUCAUAGCAUUUGCAAAAGCCACCCCAUGAAGUACAAUGUAUGGUGUGUGUUGUUGAAAUCGCAUUUAGAAUGAUAAAGCAAAGAUACAGAUGCUCUGGAUUAAUUCAUUGUCCUGAUGUCGCUGAAAUGUGCAAAGUGUCUGUGAUACACCUGGUUUCGCAUCAGGGCAGUGUAGAGGACUCUGCUGCUUCAGUCUGAUGGAAGAUUUUUGUGUGCAACAUAAACAAGGGAGAGAAACUUAAGUAAUCUCCUUGCAAUGUCUCGUUGCUGUCUUAGCCAUGUAACUCAACCAGUUCAUGUACAUAACAGCAGACCAGAUUUUAUCAAAGUAACUGACAUAAUGUUUGUUAUAAUUGAACAAACCUGUAACAUUUAGUUAAAUGAAUUAAUAAGUCUAUUUGCAAUCAUAGUGUCUAGUUAAUGAAGCCAGAAAUCACUUGCCACGUUUCAUUUUCUAUAAAGAAUCUGUAUAUUUUGAAAUUUUAUAAAUUUUAAAG